GAAACAGUCGCCGCACCGCAGUUCGCAGUUCGGCCCUUCAACAUUGCUUCACCUACAACUGACUGCGAAAUUGGUGCCUGUGGACAGCAAACGAAGGUAGCAAUUCGCGUUGCUGUACUUACCCUUCCAUCCUCCUCCUUUCAUAUCUCUAACCACUGCAAGCCUUGUCAACAUGGAUAGGCUCAUCGACGACCGCGCAAUACAGGACGAUGAAGAGGACGAUGAAUCCUUCGACGAGGAAACUGGUGAAGUGACAAAGAAGGCCAACGGAGCAAACGGUCGCUUCGACGACUCAUCUGAGGAGGAGGAAGACGACGAUGACGAGGAAGCAGCUGCAGAGGUUGCAAAAGGUUUCAUCGUCGAUGAGGACGAGGAAGAAGAAGAAGCCCGCCGAGAACGAAGACGAGAUCGGAAGAAGCGCCGGCGCGAAGAACGCGAAGACGAAGGCUUAGAUGAGGAAGAUCUUGAACUCAUUGGAUUAAAACCUGCGGAGGAAGCACCCGAACCAAAAUUCAAGCGACUGAAGCGUGGGCCCCGUGAAGACCGCGAUAGGCAGCAAGUCGGUGUCAAUGAUAUUUUUGGCCACUCGGACGAUGAGGAAGAGGCUGUUGACUACAACCGACGAAGCCGUCCAGACCGUCGUGGUCUACAGGACGAGUUCGAUGACUUUAUCGAGGAAGACGUGUUCUCCGACGACGAACAACAACGGCAGCGAGAAGAUGAAGAGGUCGCUCGGCCGAACCGUCGUGGUCUUCCAGAUCUAGGUAUCGCAGACGUCGCAGGUCUCGAUGAAGCUGCCCUGGAGGACUUCCGCGCAGCUUUCGGUGAUGGCACCGACUACGAUUUCGCUCUCGAGAAAGAGGAUGAAGCCGAUGAGGAAGAAGCUCAGAAGGACAAACACUUGGACCUCAAGGAUGUCUUUGAACCAUCGCAGUUGGCCGAGAAGAUGUUGACAGAUGAAGAUAAUGCGAUACGCUACACUGAUGAACCUGAACGACAUCAACUUGCACGCAAACCCUACCGCCACGUCGAGCUCACCGAGGAUGAAUUCAAAGAUGAAGCUGCGUGGAUCUCCAAUCUCAUGCUUCCGGGCAAACAAUUCACCUCCGAUCUCCAUGAACCAUUCAGACGGUCGAUUGCGCAUGUUCUGGAGUUCCUAGUCCGAGACGACUAUGAGGUUCCAUUCAUAUUCCAGAACCGAAAAGACUAUCUUCUUCACGUUGUCAACAAAGUCGUUGGGAGAGAGGAGGACGGGACGCCGCGCACAGUAGCAGACGCCACCAGACUCCUCGUUCAACGCGACCUAUGGCAGAUUUUCGAACACGACCUCAAGUAUCGUGCAAUUGUCGAAAAGCGACAAGCACUGCAAAAGACAUACCAGGACUUGAAGUCGGCCAGUGUUUCUAAUGAUACCAUGUUUGAAAAGAUGCUUCCAAUGGCAGCCACAAUGGAAGAGCUGCAGGACCUACAGGACUACCUCUACUUCGAGUACGCCUCACAAUUGAAGGACUUGGCGUUGACAUCUAACGGCGAGACUAAUGGCAUCAAUAUGUCCCAAAAGAAAGCCACGACGAAGACUGUUUACGAGGAGAUUCGCACGUCGAAAGCCUUUGGUCUUGUUCGAGCUUUUGGUAUUACUGCUGAUGCUUUCGCGCAAAACGCAGCUCGAGAAGGCGUCCGGACUUACACAGAAGAUCCAAGUGACAGUCCGGAAAAUCUUGCAGGUACAUUUAUCGACGAAGAGUUCUCGACGACCACGAAAGUCCUUAAAGCCGCCAAAUCAAUGUUCACCGAGGAGCUUGUCAUGAGUCCGAGGUUCCGCGGGCUCGUCAGGAAAACUACCUACCUUGAUGGAGUUAUUGACUGCCAUCGAACUGAGAAAGGACUGCGAAAAAUUGACGAGCAACACCCUUACUACGAAUUCAAAUAUCUGAGGAAUCAGGACUUUGCGUCAUUCGUGCAAACACCUGAUCUCUUCUUGAAGAUGCUAAAGGCCGAAGAAGAAGGUUUAGUCGAGAUCAGGGUGAGACUUCAAACCCCGGAGAAUUUCAAGAAACAGUUACACAAGCAUAUCGAGACGGACAACUAUUCCACUAUCGCGGACUCCUGGAAUGCGGAACGUCGCGAUGUUGUAUCCGUUGCUGUGGACAAAGUGAUGAAGCUCAUGGGCCGACUCGUCAAAGAAAACUUGAAAGACUCGUGUGAGAACACCAUAGGUAUCGAGUGCCGAGAGGAAUUCAGCCAGCGGCUUGAUCAAGCUCCAUAUCAGCCCAAAGGCAUGAGAAAAGGCACGACUUCUCGCGUCUUGGCACUUACCAAUGGAGGAGGUACACCUGGUCGCGACCAUAUUUACUGGUCGUAUGUCUCCGACGAUGGCAGAGUACUUGAGCAUGGCCGGUUUAAGGAACUUGGCCCUGGUGAUCAAGAACGAAACCUCCCAGAUGGUAAGGAUGUGGAGGCACUGGUCGAGGUCAUCCGCCGGAGGGAGCCAGAGGUCAUUGCCGUUUCAGGCUUCUCGCCCGACACUCGCAAACUCCAGUCCAACCUCAGCACCCUGAUCAAGAAUCAUGAUCUGCGCGGCCCUACCUACACCGAUGACGACGAUCGAGACCGAAGUGAUUUCUUAGACGUCAUCUUGGUGAAUGAUGAGGUUGCACGUUUGUACCACACCAGCGACCGUGCGAAAGCUGAGCAUCCGGGACUUCCACCUUUGGCGCUAUACUGUGUGGCCCUUGCGAAGUACUUGCAAGACCCUCUGAAGGAGUAUGCUGCUCUAGGACGCGAUCUUGUCUCAGUCAGCUUUCAUCCGGCUCAAAACCUUCUUCCCCAAGACAAGCUGUUGAAGAAGCUAGAGAUGGCGCUUGUGGACAUUGUUAACAUGGUCGGAGUCGACAUUAACGAAGCUGCUACUGACAGCGCUAUCGCGAAUCUCCUGCCUUAUGUCGCUGGCCUUGGCCCCCGAAAAGCUUCACAUGUUCUCAAAGUCAUCAACCUCAACGGUGGCUAUGUCAGCACCCGUGAGGACCUUCUUGGAGUUAACGAGAACCAUCCCGCCAUGGGAUUUAAGGUCUGGAGUAAUGCUGCAUCGACUUUGCACAUUCACUUCGACAUGCAGGAGCCUACGGCUGAAUAUCUGGACAACACUCGUGUCCAUCCUGAAGAUUACGACAUUGCCCGCAAGAUGGCAGCCGAUGCUCUCGAGCUUGACGAAGAAGACAUCGAAGCCGAAAGACAUGAAGGUGGGCCGGGAGCUAUUGUCCGCCGACUGAUUCGGGAAGAAGCUCAAGAACGUGUCAAUGAUUUGGUCCUCGAAGAAUACGCGGAGCAGCUGGAGAAGAAUCUGAAUGCGAAGAAACGUACUACCCUGGAAAACAUCAGAGCUGAACUCAACGAGCCCUACGAGGAGUUGAGAAAUCCUUUCCGCACCGCUCUUGGUGAGUCCGAGGUCUUCACUAUGCUUACAGGCGAGACGAGAGAGUCCCUACAGAAGGGCAUGAACAUUCCUAUGACCUUGAAGCGGGUGACCGACAUGAAUGUCGAGGGCAAACUCGACUGCGGACUGGAUGCCUUAGUAGAAGAUGGCCAGUGGGCGGACAGCGGCAUCUCUCCGAAGCAGUUGUACACCAUUCAUCAGACUGUGCCGGCACAUAUUACCUCGAUCAACCGCAAAGAUUUCGUUGUAACUGUCAGUCUACGGGAAGAUCAAAUCAAGAGACCUUUCAAGAGGUACAACCACAGUGACCGCAGUUACAACGAAUGGGAUGACCGUGAAGAGGCCGCAGACAAGAAAAUGGUGGAGCAAAAGACUGAAUCAGGUGGAAGGGUGACCCGUGUCAUCAAGCACCCGCUGUUCCGACCGUUCAAUGCCAAGCAGGCGGAAGAGUACUUGGGUAGUCAGAACCGUGGUGAUGUGGUGAUUCGUCCGUCGUCGAAAGGAACGGAUCAUCUUGCAGUGACUUGGAAAGUGGCUGACGGGAUAUUUCAACAUAUCGAUGUGCUCGAACUCGAUAAGGAGAACGAGUUCUCGUUGGGUAGGACCCUGAGGAUCGGUGGACGCUACAAUUACUCCGACUUGGACGAACUGAUAGUGCUGCACGUCAAGGCCAUGGCUCGAAAAGUGGACGAGAUGUGCGGCAACGAGAAGUUCCAGGACAAGUCCAAGGCUGCAUUAGAGGAGUGGUUGACCACCUAUACCAACGCCAACCCCAAACGAUCCAUGUACCAAUUCUGCAUCAACCGCGAGCGGCCGGGACAGUUCCAUCUUGUGUUUAAAGCUGGUCAAAAGGCCAAGCUGAUGGAUUGGAGUGUGAGGGUGAUUCCUCAGGGGUUUGAACUGAUGAAGACGCCUUAUCCUUCCAUGAGGGACUUGUGUAAUGGCUUCAAGCUGAUUUUCCAGAACAUGCAUGAUUCUGCGGCAUUGGGCAGACGAAGAUAGCGAUAGCACGGGUUGCACUUCCUGAGGAAUUGUAUCACUUAGCAGGGCAGAAUAAAAGUCAUUGACCAUCACUUCUACCUUGCUUUUCCGUAGUGGUCUGAUAUAGUGAUGUCGUCCUCCAUCCAGACUCCAAUUGCAUUAGAGCUUGUAGUCGACGCGUCCACC